AUGAGUGCCUCUUUCGAGUCCGGGAUGAAAAAUCUCAGUCUAAGUGACGACCCUCACCAGCAAAUUGCAAAUCAAGGCCAAUGGUUUCAAGCUUCUGAUAGUGACGAAGAAGACGACCAACCCCUCAGUAGCACAAAUCGACCUAUUUCGGUACUAAUGGCGAGACCUGCUCAUUUUAUCAAGCCUGCAGCUCCACCACGCACCAUGUCACCUCCUGAUAUGCGAAUUAUACAAUCACUCUUUGACAAUUAUUCUCAAAAAGUGUAUAUCGAAGGUUAUGUCUAUAGAAAGAAAGAACAGUGGUCUCGCUGGUAUGCUGAGUUGUGUGGUUCUGUUCUGAUCCUUUGGGAUGCCCAAUUUGAAGGAAGUGGCGAGCAAGUCAUGCCACAAUAUAUGUCUGUGAUUAAUUCUAGCGUGGACUUGUUGGGCAAGUCGGGUGAACAAGGCAAGGACAACGUGUUUUCGUUCAACUCCGCUGGAGACAAUCAAGUCUUAUUUGAUUUACCUAAUCCUCGGGUAUUGCAGCAAUGGGUAUCUGCUAUUCGCCUCUCUUGUUUUGAAUAUACUAGAUUGCAAGAGAUUUUUACACGACACUUUUUAAGUCGAUCAGCUUUUGCUGAUAUGCAGUUAAAGACGUUGAGCAAGACUGAGGGUCAAGUGGAAGUUCAAUUAGGAGCCAAUGAAUGGCAAAAAUAUUGGUUAGUUGUGUCUGAUAAAGUUGAAGAAAAGAAACUGUUUGGUAAAAAAACAAAACCCUCUAAAGGCCAAAUCAUGUUGUACGAAUCCAAGAAAGCCAAACAUCCUGUUCUUACCAUCACUAACGUUGUGCAAUCUUAUAUUUUAUAUCCCGAAUCAGCAAAAGAUAUUGAUACGGUAACAACAUUUAAAAUUCAAGCAAACGGUGAGACGACAACUGCAACUAUUCGAGCACCCUCUACUAAGGAAAUGGCACAGUGGGUCAUUGGUACCUUUGAUACCUUCAAGCUAUAUGGCAGACCUGAUCAGCCAAGAGGAGAUGCACCACGCUUGUUCCUAGAAUUGCAUGAAGUAUCUCAUAUCAACCUUAAAGACCAAGGCUUGGUAGAAACCAUGUCUCAGUUCUCAAACAUCUUGUUACAGAAAUUACAACAUCAGCAACAGAUAGUUCAGCAACAUUUAUAUGCACGUCAGUCACAACAACCCAUGGGUUUGAUCCACCAAAUCCCUUCAGGAGCACCAAUGCUGAAUGGACAAGUGCCUUCUCCUCCUCGUCCAAAUCCUCAAAGGAUGUCCACUCAUUCUAGUCAGUCAUCUAACAUGAGCAACAAACCACUCGGCAUGCAACCUCAACAUGCUCAAGCAUUUCCACCACCAUCACUCCAACAGCAGCAGCAGGUGAAAGCCAAUACAAAUCGCAAAAUAUAUGCUAGUGAUGAAGAAAGUGAGGAGGAAGAUGAUGAUGAAGAAGAAGAGGAGGAAGACGAUGAAAGCGAUAGCGACUCUGUCUUUAACAAAAACAAAAUCAAAACAAAGGAAAGUUUAUUACCUAAUAUGCAAGAAGAUGAAGGAUUUGCAAGCAAUGUAUUAGGCGAUAUCGAGAAAAAGAGUGUAUCUUCCAAGACAUCACUCCACAUCUCUCAAAAAGCAUCCACAUCAUCAACUACUGAUUUGUCAACUAAGAAAGACGUCAAAGAGGAAGACAAUUUAUCAGACAGUGACGACGACGAUGAUGAAGAAGAAGAAGCAGUUCAAAAACCCAGUGCUAAACCCGUCACCAAGAGACCUAAUCCCAAGGUGGCCAGAACUCAAAUUAGUGUAAGUGGAUCCGACGAUAGUGAAGAAGGGGAAGAGGAAGAAGGUUACUCUGGUAGUGAUGAUGACGAUAUUCCUAUUCAUCAACAACAACAAAGACACUUACAACAGCAACAUCAACAACCUUAUCUUGACUACAAUGAUGCCUAUAUGCAAAAUCAACAAUGGGAUAGUGCCAGUACAUACAAUGCUAGUCAAAAUAUGAUGAUGAUGGAUCCACAUUUCCAAGGUUAUUAUGAUGAAAAUGGUUUCCCUAUGAUGGGCGAAGAUGGUCCUAUCAUUCCUCAGCUUGGAGAUAGAUUUGCAACACAAAAUAGCCUGUUAGAUACAUACAGAGCAGACCGUCCCUCAGCACAUGACCAAGAAGGCUAUGCUAGAGCCACUGGUCAGCCAUUAAUCCAAGUGCCAAAUAAACCUCCUGAACCUCGUGCUGGUCUAGUGGGUAUGAUUUCUCAAUUGGAGCAUGAGAAAAAGCAAGAAAAAUCCAAUAAGACUCGACUAGCAGAAAUGGAAAAAGAGCGCAUCUUGGAGCGUGAGCGUGAACGAUACCUUCUAGAACAAAGACAGCAAAUGAUGCAGCCCAUGAUGAAUCCAGCUAUGAAUCAAAGCAUGAGUCAAAGUAUCAACCAAGGCACGAAUCCAGCUAUGAGUCAAAGCAUGAAUCCAGCUAUGAGUCAAGGCAUGAAUCCUGCGAUGAAUCAAAAUAUGAUGAUGUAUCCUGGUAUAAUGCCAAUGAUGGGCGGACAAAUGCCAAUGAUGAACAUGAACAUGAUGAUGUAUCCUGGCAUGAUGAACAUGCAAAUGGUGCCACCUAUGAUGGAUCCCCGCGUGUCUAUGAUGAUGAUGCAACAACAAUACGGUCAACAUCCAAUGUGGCAACAACAGCAACAAAUGUUCAAUAAUCGUUUCAAUGGCAGCAUUCAAGAUGAUGACGAAGAUGAAGACGAUGAUGUCCCUCUUGGUACAAAAGAGCCCUCUCAUACCCAAAAACAUUAA